ACCCAGAAUGCCUCUGGAGGGCCGGCUCCCCGCGCCCCGGCCCUGCCGCCCAACGCUCCCGGCCCUGGGGCCCUGACUGCCCGCACGCUGACCUGAAGGUCCCACUGUCCUCGCGCUCCAGCGGCGGGGCCUCGGCGCGGUGCCUGCUCUGGGACAUGGCGAGAAGGGACGGCUCAGCGGUUGGAGGAAGAGCGGUGCGGAGCGACGUGCUCGCUCCCCGGGUCGCUGGUCCCCGGGAGGAGCUCCAGCGCCGCCACCUCCUCCGACUCCCCCGCCUCCUGCUUGCGUUCCUCCAGCGAGGGGGCAGGCAGGGUGGGGGCGGAGCCUUGGUGCCGUAGCUCCGGUUACGCCCCCUCGCUGCUCCUCUGCGGGCCUCCGUCCCGGCCCAACUCCGCCCCUGUCCCUUCCAGGGUCCGCCCCCUUCCCGCCCGGCUCCGCCCCGCUCCCGCAUGGGCACAGGCAUUGGGCUCCCGGGGCUUCUCCGCGCCCGCCCCUGCCGGCCCUGACCAGCCUGUAGUAACUGGCCCCUAGGCCGCAGUUCUUUGUCCUUAGCAGGAGGCCGUUUCUUGCCCGGAGAGAGGGAUUAGAGGGAUUGUCCGGCGUGGGUCUAGGGUCGUUGAGGCCUAAAGUUAAGCCUUUGUGGAGAGGACGGAUUGGGGGCUGGGUCACUUUAAGAAAAAGAUUUUAAAAUUCCGAAGGCAGAAUUCCAGGGAGUCUCCCGGGCCUGGUCCUGAAGCUUGAGGCCCCGGAUAUAUACGCUCCAGGGGGCUGCGGUGGGCUCUUCGGGUCCCCGAGCCCUGUGUUUAGGAACACGCGGGGACAUCCAAACACCCCCUCCUCUCCCGCCGGGCGGGCUCCUUUGUCUUCUGGGCUUUCGUCGCGAGAUGGAACGCUGGGUCAGUGCAUCCCAGCAAAACACGUUAGGAGUAAACGAAGGCCUUUCCGGGGACCUGGGUAGUCGGUUGUAAUGGCGUUUGCCUGGGAUGCAGCACCUUUGGUGGGCCAUUAGAUGACGUGUCGCUUCUCCAGGGGCUUGCUAGGCACUAGCAGAAAUGCUCCCCUGUGCUUACUCGGUGUUAUGGAAGAUUGCUUGCACAAUGCUAUUCGUACGAAAGGAUAUUAUUAAAAGUGAUUUAUGGGCGGGCGCGGUGGCUCACGCCUGUAAUCCCAGCACUUUAGGAGGCCGAGGCGGGCGGAUCGCCUGAAAGCUUUGUCAAGCAAGUUGGAGAUGGAGGGAGAUUAGUUCCUGUUCCAAGCCUCAGUGAAGCUGACAAAUAUCAACCUCUAAGUCUGGUGGUAAAAAAGAAGCGAUGCUUUCUGUUUCCUAGAUAUAAAUUUACUUCAACACCUUUUACACUGAAAGAUAUUCUCCUAGGAGACAGAGAAAUUUCAACUGGUAUUUCAUCUUAUCAAUUACUGAAUUAUGAAGAUGAAUCAGAUGUUUCACUCUAUGGAAGGCGAGGUAACCAUAUUGUAAAUGACGUUGGGAUUAACGUUGCUGGAUCAGAUUCCAUUGCAGUGAAAGCUUCAUUUGGUAUAGUAACCAAACAUGAAGUGGAAGUAUCAACAUUACUCAAAGAAAUUACUACACGAAAAAUUAACUUUGACCACAGCUUGAUACGUCAGUCAAGGAGCAGCAGAAAGGCAGUAUUGUGUGUGGUCAUGGAGAGCAUCCGAACCACACGACAGUGCUCACUGUCUGUGCAUGCUGGAAUUCGAGGGGAAGCAAUGCGGUUUCACUUUAUGGAUGAACAGAAUCCCAAGGGAAGGGACAAAGCUAUUGUUUUCCCAGCACAUACAACCAUAGCUUUCAGUGUUUAUGAACUCUUCAUAUACCUGGAUGGUGCCUUUGACCUUUGUGUCACUUCAGUGUCAAAAGGAGGAUUUGAAAGGGAAGAAACGGCAACAUUUGCACUGCUGUACAGGUUGAGAAAUAUCCUAUUUGAAAGAAAUAGAAGAGUGAUGGAUGUCAUUUCUCGUUCACAGCUUUACUUGGAUGAUCUUUUUUCUGACUACUAUGACAAACCUCUCAGCAUGACUGAUAUUUCACUCAAAGAAGGCACCCAUAUCCGAGUUAACUUACUUAAUCACAACAUUCCCAAAGGGCCUUGCAUACUCUGUGGAAUGGGGAACUUCAAAAGGGAGACAGUUUAUGGGUGCUUUCAGUGUUCUGUUGAUGGUCAGAAGUAUGUGAGACUUCAUGCAGUUCCUUGUUUUGAUAUUUGGCACAAGAGGAUGAAAUAAAAUGAAAAAUGAA